AUGGCCGCAGCACCUCCAGCAGAUCCAGUCCGCGAGUACCAGCUCAUCGAGAAACUCGAGCUGCGGAUAGCGGGUGCCAAGAACGAUGAGCAAUUCGAGGACAUCAUCCAGAAGUUCCUUCCAGCAUUAAUCCUCAAGCUGGCCUCGGAAACCGAACGCAAUCGCAAUCUGACCAUCAAAGUCUGCCAGUAUGUCAAUCAGCGGCUCAAGAUCAGCCAAUCGAUACAAGUCCCACUUCCAGGCUUGUUCAAGAACCUUCAAAGUACGGAGAGCGCUUUCGUUCGGAGGUUCAGCCUGGUCUUCAUUCAGCAAGGUCUUGGAAGAGUGAGACCCGCAGAUGCUCCUACUAUCCUCCAGGAGGUCUUGAAGUUCGCGGUACCCGAGACACCCACUGUCGAUGCCACAACGCAAAAGCUGUGGUCAAUUGCAUUUGACUUUCUCUUGGACGGACUUCGGCAAUGGAAAGCCCCAGAACGUCGCAGCAAGGAAGAUGUGGCCUUGAAGGAGAAGUUAGACCUAUCGUCGCCACAGUGUGACAUCCUCGCCUCACAUAUUUCUCGAUUUUUACUUUACGAUCCGAAGCUGUCAAGUACAGUGCAAGGUCUGCACGACGACUUCAAGGUAGUCUUCGAGAAACAGUACCGCCAGAGAACGAGCGUCGUCCCUCCACUCGCUGACUUCCUCUUCACUGCAGUUUUCGGCGACAGCCAGAGACUGAUUCCGGCUACUAUCAUGACUGUAGACGCCAAUGCCGCAGCAUCCAGCAAAGCCGAUGUAAUGUUCAAGCAGUGCAACUUUGACUUAGAGUCAGAAUCUUCUGUCGAGACCUUGUUCGAUCUAUACGACCGGUCGAAACCUAAAUUGCAGACCAGGAUAUUAUCAUUACUAUCAAGAAGUCAGAAGUCGACCGAAAGUACGGGAAGGAUCCUCGCGCUGGUGAACAAGCAGCUGUCCUCGCCCGAUACCGGCCUUGAAGCAUCAAAGCUACGUGCUGCUAUCUUCUCGUACCUUUCGUGGGCAGUUCGAAUCAGCUCUAGCAUGGGUGAGGUUGCCGAGAAAAUACAAGUCCUGCUAAAAGAUUACGUCGAACUACAAGGUUGGCCAACGCCCCAAGAUCGAUCCCCUGCAGAGUCAGAGCUUCGUGCCAAAGCUUACGAGAGCAUUGGUCUGCUCGCAAGCGUUAAAUCGCCUAAUUCUCAGAAACCGCAACAACCCAACAUGAAUCUAAUUACGUGGCUCUUUACCAGCCUGAGAUGUGACGAAACCCGGGAUAUCCGGGGCAGUAUCGAAGAAGCGCUUAGCCGCAUUAUGAACAUUGUACCUACGGAGGAUGGAAAGUUCGCACCUGCGCUCAUAGAGCUACUCCUUUGGAAUGUCCGCGCAGAGCCAGGCGACGAAGAUCCCACAUACUAUUUCCCGACUGUGCACAGCACACGCUAUACUGCUGUCCGCUUCGCAAACAAAUGCUUGUCGUUCUCAGACACUACUGCACGACUUAUUGACGUCCUGGCUGUUGGACUUGCGGACCGCAAAGAACUCGCUGAUGAGGGUGAACGAGGUCUUGAUCCCUACUGGCACAUUUCCAACCAGAACUUGGCUCGGAAUCUUGCCCCCACCGACAAGCUCGACUAUCCCUCGUUCACAAGUCUAGCAGAUCGCUUCUUCAACAGUGCUGAUAGUCAGCAUCUGCUGUCAAACAAAUCAUCGUUGAGCACAGCCAUAAUUUUCUGCCGCAAUAUCUUGGUCAGCGAGGCAUUGCAGCAGACCUCAAACCAGCUUGAUGACUCCGCUGAAUGGAAGAGCCAGAUCGACGGGUUGAUACUCAAUAGUGCUAGUGCCCGUACUUCCAUAAGGGACCGACUUGAUCGGCUCCCAGAACCGGCUCUUGCACAAUUCCUGCAGCUCGCUGUUCAGAGCACGGGAUCGAAAUCCGAACAGCAUGCCGAGGUUGCACUCCAACUCUUGUCCCUUUGCAAAAAUUCCGUGCUCAGCCUCCUGAGGUCAGGUGGAAUGGUUCAUCUGCGCGAGGAACUCCUGCAGACCGAUACCCAGCGUCGCGCAGCUCGAGCCUUGGGUAUUUUUGAAUCUUUGAAUGACACCGCAUCCGGCCAGGUCAUUUCAUAUCUUGACCAAUGCUCUGAAUGGGAAUCGGCCAUUGGAAGUGGUGCGGUUAAAGUGAGAGGCAGCUUACUAGCAGCCACAUUCAUUGCUACACGGUCUAGCCUCCGACAGUCAGCCGACAUGCAAGUGGUUGUCACUAGGAUUACGAGCUUGCUGACAAGCAUGAUUCUCCAAUCGUCUGAUUUAUCUAUCAAAAACACCGCGAUCGCAUGUCUGGGCCAAAUUGCGUUAUGUACUAAGCCGGAGAAAGAGCUACCGCUUGCGCCGCCUGAUGUGGUAGAAGCUCUAAUGAAAGAAUGCAAGAAGCAAAAUGGGCAAGCUAUCCUCGCCAUGGGUCGUCUCGUUGGGUUCAAGGCUGGUUCAGAGGGCGAUGAAGCCACCCAUGGCCUUCUGGACCGCCUAUUCACACUCUAUGAGGUGAAGCAGGCGGAAUUCCACUUUGCACUUGGGGAGGCUCUUUCCGUGGCUGUUACUGGCUUUCAGUCGUCAGCAACCAUGAACGAGUUCGAUGUGCGAGCCGAAUUACCACCGUGGGGCUUUCAUCCGAAGUUGCAAGAGUACCUUAUGGAGGCAUUGAUUGAAAAAUGCCAAACGACAAAGCCUACAUUAAGAAAGGCUGCCGCAAUAUGGCUGCUCAGCAUGGUCCAAUAUUGUGGAGAUGUAAGUGCCGUACAAUCUCGGCUCCGACAGUGUCAAGCCGCUUUCGCUAGGCUACUUACAGACCGUGACGAGAUUGUUCAAGAAGCCGGUUCCCGUGGCCUAGGCAUUGUGUAUGAGAAGGGUGAUAAGGGCCUUCGAGACGACCUCGUGCGCGACUUAGUCCAUUCUUUUACCGGUUCCGGAGCGAAAAUGUCAGGAACUGUCAACGAGGAUACCCAGUUAUUUGAGGCUGGGACUCUGCCUACCGAGCGGGGUGAAUCUGUCACGACUUACAAGGACAUCGUUAGCUUGGCUACUGAGAUGGGAGAUCCAAGCUUGGUCUACAAGUUCAUGAAUCUGGCUUCCAACAACGCCAUAUGGUCUAGUCGUGCAGCCUUUGGCAAAUUCGGCCUGAGCAGCGUUCUGGCAGACUCGACGUACCUUGCAGAAAACAAGAAGUUCUAUCCGAAACUCUUUCGAUAUAGGUUCGAUCCCAAUCCAAACGUCCAGCGGUCGAUGAAUGAGAUUUGGCGAGCGCUUGUAAAGGAUCCUGCGGCUGUCGUCGACCAGAAUUUCGGCCUGAUCAUGGACGACCUUCUCAAAAGUGUACUGUCCGGCAAAGAGUGGCGAGCUCGAGAAGCAAGUUGUGCAGCUAUCAGUGACCUGGUGUCGGGCAGAGAUAUUGAGAAGCUUGAAGGAUACCUUGAUGAGAUUUGGAAAGUUGCCUUCAAAGUUCUGGAUGAUGUGAAAGAAAGCGUCCGGGUAGCUGCCAUGAAGCUUUGCCGUACACUAACGAACAUGCUUGUUCGGAAUCUGGAGGUUGGACAGGGAGACACGAAACGCGCCACGACGUUGCUGAACCAUGCGAUGCCCUUUCUUCUGCAGCAGAUGGCGGGAGCUGCUGGAGCUCAGGAAGUGCAGCAGUAUGCCACCGUCACUCUGCUCGAGGUUGUCAAAAAGAGUCCGCCAAAGUCUCUGCAGCCAUUCGCUCCUGUGAUUCUGGAAACACUUGUUAACUCUCUUAGCUCCCUCGAGCACGAGAGCAUCAAUUAUCUGCAUCUCAACGCAGACAAGUACGGGAUGACGGCGGAGAAGCUCGACAAGAUGAGAGUGUCGAGUGUAAAUGCUUCACCAGUCACUGAGGCGAUAGACCGAUGCCUAGAGAGUUUGACAGCAACCAAGUCGGUAGAAGCAAACAGCGACGAUGCUAUGGAGGGAGUGGAGUCGACCGCGAAGGCGCCGAUGGAUGACGCGAUGCAGCGCCUGGAGAGUUGUUUCAAGACUGCCAUCGGGCUCCCCUCACGUGUUGGACUCAGCAGAGUUAUGGUGACACUCGUUGUGCGUCACCCAAGUGCUUUUCGGCCCUUCGCAGAUCGGUUCGCUCGGCUUCAUCGCAAACAUAUCAUCGACCGGAAUGCUACCAUCAGCGUGGCUUUCAGUACGUCACUUGGUUACUUGAUGCGGCUGGCUUCCGAGAAGGAGAUCCAUGCCACCAGCAAAUACGCUCAAAAGCUGUUCUUUGAGUCACAGGACUUGACUCACCGCGCAGUGGCAGGAGAGAUCCUUCAGUCGAUCUCAAAGACUUCGAAUGAUGUCUUCCUCAACUUCGGCUCGACGUUCCUUCCAUUUGCGUUCAUUGGACGUAACGAUACCGAUGAGCAGGUCCGAGAACGGUUCGAUCCACCGUGGAAGGAUAACAUUGGGGGCUCUCGUGCGGCUCAACUCUACCUAAAGGAAAUCUCGGAUUUGAUUAUGCUCCACAUCAAGUCGCCACUAUGGCCAAUUCGACAUGCGUGUUGCUUUUCCGUGGCCGCAUUGGUCACCUCACUAGCCUCACAUGGCCAGAACGGUGAAGCUGAAGCGGCGCUUGUGUGGCCGCUAGUGCAGGAAGCGCUUAACGGCAAGACAUGGGAGGGCAAGGAGAGGGUCGUCUCGGCCUUCCCGAAGUUUGUGGAGAGCGUCCCAAGUCUAUGGACUGAUCCAAGCGCGAGCGACCAGAUGGUGAAGAUUGCGCUACGAGAAGCGAAGCGACAAAACGAAACCUACCGACCCCAUGCUAUCCAAGCGCUCGGGGAGUUCGCAAAAUCUCGACGGGAUUUGAAUCUAUCCGAGCAGGUUGUACCUUGGCUAGUCGACUUGGUGGAGGAGUUGGCAAAUGACGAUGCGAUGGAGAUCGACGGUGAGAAAGACAGUGACAGACGGACCAGGAGCAAGACAAUGGAUCGAACACUAGAGGCCGUUGGGUUAUGCCUGUUUGAGGUUCUGAGCCCACGUGGCAAAGCUGAUGUUCUAGGCCAAGCUGGUGCAGUGGUGAACCGGCUCCAUGCACAGAAAAGUCCGGCUCUGGACACGGCGCUAUGCCAGCAAGCGACCUCAUUUUUCAUGAGGGUGGUGAAAGAAAUCGAAGAAAACGAAGAAAAUCAGAGGCGAGGUUGUGAAGGAACGAAUCAAAAUGGCGCAUACGAAAUAGGGGCAGGCUCCGGCCUUGAGGCUUUUUCGGAGCAGCUCAUCUUGGCGUUGCUGAGCCACUUUGACCAUGCGUCUGCGCCCGAAUCCGCGCGCCAGGCACGAGUUGAACUCGGUUCGGUCUUGGCCGGAUCCCCCACUUUGACCACCGCACAGUCCCGCGGCAGGCUGGCUCCGAUCCUGGACAGCUGGCUUCAGACUGAGCGUUCGAGGCCGUUACGAGACGACAUGGCCAAAGCGGUGGAGAUGCUCAAGCGUGCGGAAACGGGGGUCUAA